CAGUGGUGUAUGAAUAGCUUUAACGGCGUCAACAGCAGCAGUUUCUAGUGUGCAAGGAAGGAGACGAUAGAAACAACAACAGCCAGCCUCCGGAGAAAGAGUAAACUGUUUGACCGACUCCUGCGUGUUAUUUGUGGCUUUGUUAUACAGGAGGAGGCUCUCGGCGGGUCCGUCUCUGAAAUGCAGCGGUGGACUUUAAUAACGCAGCGAGCUAACGGCAUGUAGCGUUAGCUAGCGACAGAACUUUCCUGUCCUGGCAUCUCCAUCCCUCCACUGACUCGCCACUGUCCUGAGCUGAGGGGUUACAACUCUGAAUAUGGCGAGUGUUUCACACAGAGACCACAACACUGGCACGUUUAAGUGUUUGGACUGGCACGUUGUCCAGCUAGUGUAUCCAAGAUAAACACUGGUAAUUGGAUAAUUCAUGUAAUGGCCAAGGAGAGUGACGGAUUUCAUCUGUAUGUCUCACUUCACGGUUGCUCUCAGAGUUGCAUAGCAGUGGGUUCCCACUGCUGAAGCCCCCCUCUUAACGUUCAUGGACACAUGCCUCUGUUGAAGCUCAACACAUUGAUAUUGCCAGACAUGGACCUGCGCCGGAAUUAAAAGACUGUCUGGAAACCUCAAACGUCACAGCCAUCUCCAGAUCGGACAUCUCAUCUCAGCCUUUCUGUUGGUUCCCAGAGCUUAAUUUAGGGCCAACAUGUCCAUGUCGGGGUCCACGACUGUGCAGCUUUUCUCCAAGCUUGUCAAGCAAGCAAUGGGUAAGGCGCAGAUUCAGCUGAACCGCUAUCUGCAGAAGACCGCCUCGGAUGAGUGUGGCAAGAUUGACAUCCUGAUAUGCAGCGCCUUUGACGAGACAGGGGCCGGCAUAGGGAAGGCAGAUGGAGACCCUGAGGUUAUCAGUGACACAGGAGGAAUGACCUUCAGCAACAGCGGAGAGUUCAGACACCCAUGCUGUAUCACCACCUUUUGCUUCAAGAGCGCCCUGCUGGCAUGCAUCCUAACGGCUGUAUGCUUCUCCUCGGUUGCACUCGUUCGGCAAUACCUCAAGGACCUCCUGCUUUGGGUGGAGAGCUUGGACAGCCUCGUCGGAGCCUUGCUGUUUAUAGUUGGUUUGAUUAUCGUUUCGUUCCCAUGUGGAUGGGGAUACAUUGUUCUUAAUGUGGCAGCUGGCUACCUCUACGGCUUUGUGCUGGGCAUGGGACUAGUUAUGGUGGGAGUUUUAAUAGGGACCUUUGUGGCACACCUGGUGUGCAAACGUUUAUUGACUGACUGGGUGCUGAACAAGGUUGGGAACAGUGAACAGCUCAGUGCUGUCAUUCGAGUGGUGGAAGGAGGAAGUGGACUCAAAGUUGUGGCCUUAGCGAGACUCACCCCUAUACCAUUUGGGCUCCAAAAUGCAGUUUUCUCGAUCACAGACGUGUCCUUGCCAAACUACCUGGUGGCCUCCUCUGUGGGUUUGUUGCCCACUCAGCUUCUCAACUCUUACCUGGGCACCACGCUUCGCACCAUGGAAGACGUCAUCGCCGAGCAGAGCGUCAGUGGCUACUUUGUGUUCAGCCUGCAGAUCGUCAUCAGCAUCGGCCUGAUGUUCUACGUUGUGCACCGGGCACAGGUAGAGCUCAACGCAGCCAUCGCCGCCUGCCAGAUGGAGCUAAAGUCAUCACACAUGAAUGGCUCCUCCACCAAUCACAGCGGCUUCACCUACUGCAGCAAGAGGGCGACAGCAGGCAGUGGAAACUGCAUUAAUGUGGUGUGAACACGAAUCGACCCAUGACGUAGAAGCUUGUGCGACUUGCUCCCUAAAUUGUUCAGACGGUGUCUGAAAUGUGUUGGUGGCGUGGUUUAUCAUUUUCCAAAAACAUACUCUGGCCACCCUUGAGUGAAAACCCCGAAAGCGUACGUCUUUAGUAGGUGCGGCGAUUUAGAAGUGUGGGACCUUCACCUUAUGAAGAAACGGCGCUGAUGGAAGUGGUUUUGUGGUACAUCAUCUUGGGCGUUUUCUUUUUUGAUUAAGGUACUUCUUAACCUAUUCUUACAAGAGAUGUCAAUGAAAUGAUGAUGUUAAGAGAUAUAAUAGGUGGCUGAGUGAGUAAGUGAGUCGUUAAAAACAAUAGCUAGGCAUUACCGGCCUGCUAACACUAUGAAUGUGCAAUCUGGAGCUUUCUACAGAACCAAGGAAUUGUUUUUCCAUUUCAGUGUCAAAAGAAUGCCAACCUAUGCACCUUUCUUUCAUACUACAUCCGAUUAGUUUUCUUCAUCCAUAGCUUAUUCACAGUACAAAUAAUAAGGGCCUUAUUAAUAUUUUUGAAAUAUUUGGCAUUUUUAGUCCAGUUCAUUUUUUAAAGUGUCUUAUUUUUGGACUAUGGAGAGAGUAGGAAAGCUCUCAUCGAGUGUUACUAUGUGAUUUCUGCUGGCUUAGGACCACAUCAGCUGAAUCAGCCUCUUCUGCCUGGAGAUCAUUUUUUGGCGCUUCUGCAGUUUUAAUAAGAACAGCUGGGGAGGAGAGCAGAUUUCACAGCAGGAAACUCAGGAAUGAUUCUGCCAGGAAAGUUGAAGUGCGGUGUGAUCAGCUCCUCUGUAGCACCGCACCACAUGUUCUGCUACAGAAAGAUUACCACACUGAUCUUAAACUGAGAUGUCAAGCUUUCCUGUCGAUGUUUAUAAUUCAUUUUGAUGCGAUUUUACAAUUGUUUUAUUUUAAAUUUUUAUUUUGGCCGUGAGAUUAUUCAUUAGUUUCAUCACAUAGGUUUUGCUUAAGAUGGUAGUUUUGACAAUUCUGUGCAAUAUGACAAAAAACGGUGACAAAAUGGCAUGAAUGUCCUAUUUCUGUGCUGAAACCAAACUAAUCAGAAAUGCUCUCAUGCAUCAAAAUAACACAAACCUGAGUCUGUGUUUAUAUAAAGUUUUACUUACAUUAUAGAAGAGUAAGAUAGAUGAGAUAAAGAGGCUGUUAUUUUUCAUGUGCCAUAAUUUGAUAAUGCUUAUCAGACGCCAUGACACUGGCCCCGCCUGAGUUGAGGUUACAUGUGACUUAUCCUUUAUUUUAUUACUUAAUGGUGGUGGUAAUUAUAGUAAUUAUCUGUGAACAUCUUUUAUGUUUAAGUCUUAAUAAUACAAAAAAGCUCUCAUGCAGUAGGUUCUCUGGCUAAGUCCACUAGAAACAUAUUUCAUACAGAUAAGUUCAAUUUGAAAUGGGUUUGGUUGGUCAAAAGUUGAAGGUGAUGUGUCUCAGAAGCUGACAAUCAAACACAACAUGGACACUAGGUGAUGAAUGUGAUAAUAUUUUUUUAUUUUCUACAUGAAUUAUUGUGAUGCUGCUCCUCAGACAAAGUCUGGUUGAGGAAUUAUAAGGGCUCCUAUAUGAAAUAUUCAUCUAUAUCCCUAUAUUUGUAAUGCUGGCAAAACAUUUUGUUUUUUAAUUUUCGUACUAAUGUUUUUUUCUUUCUUUCUUCAAAGCCAGAUUUAAUGUUUGCCAUACACAUUCCAUGCAGUCAGUCCUCUCGAAAGCUGUAGAGUUAAUGUCAUGCUAAAUGUGUCUUGAAAUGGCCCCAUCAUGUCCGAAUUCAGCAAUAAUGUUUGACAGUCAAAAGCAAAAAAACAAGAUAGACCAGUCUUACCAGUAAGACCUGUUGCCAAGUGUUGGGAAUAGCGGUUUACUCCCUAAGCUAAAGAUCUUCUCUUUAAUAUUAUUUAUCUUUUGAAACUGCGUUUGAGUUUUUCGUUGAUCCAUGUUUCUCUGUGAAGUUGAGUAUUAAUAUUCCCAGGUUUGUGUUUUCAGUGUUCAACCUGCCUAUUACCUCCCGCUGCCUCUGACAGAAAAUUUCUGAGCUGCCAAUUAUGUGAAAGAAACACAAUAAAUGUGAUCAGAACAGCUUGUUCAGAUUUAUAGCACCUUCUUUGGAGGGUCCCUAAACCGGCUCGUCGCUUAUUGAAGUUAAGCGAUCGACCUCUCACUCUGUCGCGUGAAAAUCUUCUGAAUCCAACUCACAUUUUCCAGUUUCUUACUUGAAUUGAAAGUUUACGUAGAGGGAGAUGAGUACAUUUUAUGCCUGCAAGGUUUAUAAAAUCUACUCACAACUCUCUGUUUCUCAUUUUUCAAAGGCAUGGGAAUUAUUUUUCUGUAAAUACGCAAGGCUUUCACUUGACAGCAGGGAUAUUUUUUAAAGAAGUUUCUCUACCCUCCAAACAAAGUGUGAUUUGAUGAAGCUGUUCUGCUCAGAAGUGUUAAAGAAGUGGACAUUAUACCAUGUUUAAUACUAAAAUCAAGUACAUGAAACUUGAUCGACCACCGUGGGCACACUUCAUAAUAUUUUUAGUCUGUCAACUGGGAUUUUGAAAACUUCACAUUGUGGGAAGAUGCCCAGUUUUACAGUAAAGGCUUUGGUUCCUCCUAGGUGGGCUCUAUUUAACUUAGAUAUAGUUAUGCAACAACUGAUUCCUAAGGGAAGUAUAUUUCAUAGACACCCACACAAGACCUGAAUCUGGGAUGUAACUGCACACACAACUGGACUGUUAAGGAGGCGUAAAAUGUGAAAUCAUAAACUUAAAGGGUCACGUUAAGGGUCUCGUUUGGUGCUAUGAAAUGCAAUACUUCCCAUCUGUAUCAAGUGCAUUACACAUAUACUGUAUUUUGUAAUACAGAGAAUUUUACAGUGUAUAAAUAUUGAUAUUUAUCACUGUACUACGCUUGUUCAGUGUUAUUUAUGAGAGAGAAAAAAUAAAA